AUGUCGAAGCCACAGAGAAGAGACGCCCAGCAGGGCGGGGGUAAUUCGGUCAAGGUGGAUGGAAAAAUGAAUGGUAAUCGAUCUAGUUUCAGGACCGACACUGCAAUUUCGAACGGCCGCUUCGGAGCGCAGAGAACUCUGCAGCCAUGGAUCCCUGACAAGAACGAUGCUAUUGAUGGAUCUUUGGAGAAAUCCACUUCCACCGCUGGCUGGGACCAGUUUGCUGAAAACGAGAGACUCUUUGGUCUCAAGACCGAUUACGAUGAGAACAUCUAUACCACUGCAAUCAACAAGGACCACCCGCAGUACCGAGAGAGAAUUGCAGCCGCUGAAAAGAAGGCUAGGGAAAUUGAGCGCAGUGCAGCCAUGACUACUCACGUAGCCGAGGAACGUGUCAUGGACUACUCCGGCCCCAAGGGUGCCGAUGAUAAUGAGGAAGACAAAUACAGCGGUGUCCGCCGUCAAGACUUUCCCCCUCUGGCAUCUGGACGGGAGAAUCGUUACAUGCCUCCGGCUAAACGAGCUCCAACUGGACAGGCCACUGUCAAGGGCGCUCCUGUCGAUCCAGCAAUCAUCUCUUCGCAGAUUAAGGCUGUGCCGAAGAAGCAGCCUGCGCAAGCGUCUGAGCCAUCAAAGGCUACGGCUGCUGAUGCCCUCAAGAACGGAGCCCAGGCCAAGAACGAUACCCAAAAGCCCACUGAGAAUCAAUCGUCAAACCUCAAGCCUGUGGAAAGCAAAGCCUCUACCCCCACUCCUACCACCACUGCUACUGCUACUGCCAAUGCCGCUGCCGCUCCCCCAGCGAAAGAAGACAAACCGGCAGAGAAACAAGCGGCGACCACCAGGGCCACCCCUACUCCUAAUUCUCGUCCGCUCUCCAACUUGCCCCCGAAUGCUCCUAGUGCAACGUCGACUGUUGAACGUGACGUUCUGAAAGAGUUCAAGUCGUUUGCUACCCAGCAACGCCUCAACGCAGAGAAGGCUAGAAGCAACAAGGCAAAGGCGGAUAAGGAGGUCAAGUUGACGGAGCUCAAAAAAUUUGCAACCAGUUUCAAGCUUUCAACACCGGUUCCUUCUGAUCUGGUGUCCAUCAUCGCCAAGGACCCUGCCAAGCAAAGGGAGAUUCAGGCCAAGGCGAUGAAGAACGCAGAGGAGAUGGCCAAGGCUAAGACCGACGCCGCCCAGGUCAAGAAGGAUGCCACUGCACCCAAGGACGCGACUCAGCCCAAGCGUGCGGAGGCUUCGACAACAGCACCUCCCGCCGUCGAGACUCGGCCUGCACGAGGGGCUCCUGUUCCCCAGGCUACGCCCCCGAACGGCGGAUCCAACCGUCAUACUGGCCCUCGCCAACAGUUCACCCAGCAGCAGUAUCACAACCAAGGCUACCGAAACGGCCGCGUGGGUCCUCAACAUGCGCCGCAGCCUCAUGCGAAUGGCACACUGGCGCAGCGCAUCCGCAACGUGGAGCAGCAAAAGUUCUCUCAGCCUCCUGCUCCCCAUCAGCAUGCUGUCGGUCCCGAAAUUCGUGCGCCGCCCACUGGUCCUGCUAACGGCGCGGACUACGCUCGGCGGCACAGUGGCCAUCUUGGAGCGAAACUGAACCCCAAUAGCAACGAAUUCAGACCCAGUCCCUUCGCGCCGUCUUUCAACCCGAAUGGACAUCCGAGUGCAGGAUCUAGCCCCCGAUCUGCCGCCAAUCAUGUCACUGAUGCGGCCAAUGCCGUCAAUCAACUUCAGGGGCAGCUCAUCCGGCGAAAGACCAAGGCUAUCGACGUCAACAAGUGUUACAUCCUGUCACACAUCAAGACCAUUGUCCCGCCUCAAGGCAGGAACUGGGAUGACAAUGGUGGUCUGCGGCCAUCCUACGACACCUUGCCUACCUGGCGCCAGCUGCAGGAUGACGAAAAGUCUGACUCUACUAUGCAUCUUACCUACAAGGAGUACUUUGAGCGACAGCCUUUCUUGAACCCCUCCGUGCCUACCCCCAACCCGUCUCAUGUUUUGCCUCAGAUGGCUCACCAGCAUCAACUGCCCUUCCACCUCCAACAAGGCGCCCAUAACAUGAUGCCGCGACAGUCUCCACACAUGCCUCCGAUGCAGAUGCACACACCGCAGCAUGGGCCUGUGCCUCACCAGCCCUACGGUAACGACGACCACCGGAUGAUGCACUCCAAUUCUGCCCAGUCGUUCGCAUCGCCCCGCAUGGCACAAUUGCCCGUGGCGUACCCGCCAGUGAACCCAGGGGCUCAGGUCCCGUAUGGACAGCCUGUCUUCCUCGGUGCCGGUAACCCUCAGCUCGGUCAGUUUAGGAGCUACUCUAACAACCCGCACUACGUGCCGGCACAGGGGCAUAUGGGAGCUCCAAUGAUGAUGCAGCCACAGUUCAUUCCAGGGCCUCAGGGAAUGAUGGCCCCUCACCUGAUGUAUCCAGGUGGACACCACCCACAGUUCAUGCCACCCGCUGGCCCGCCGCAGCAGGUGCCGGGAGCUAACGGAUAUCCCAGCCCGGGACGGCCAGCCGCGCCCAUGAUGGUUCAUCAGGGGUCUCAGCAAGGGCAUAACAUGUACGGAAUGAGCCCCAGCAUCCAAUACACUCAGCCGGCAUACGGCCCAGCACAAACCAGUGCACCAAGUCAGUGA